AUGAAAUCUGCGGCUCGUCGUGCCAUCAGGCGACUCAUUAUUCCCAGCGUUGUUGUGGCUGGUGGAGGAGCCUUGGUAUACAGCUACAGGCCUCGAAAUAUUCCCGGCUGCUCUUCUGCUGCGGUCCCUCCCCCUACUUACGGCCCAGAUGGAUCCUUUACCAUGCCACAAUUCCCAAACAUCAAGUCACGACUGGAACAAAUCGCUGACUUGCGCGACAGUGCUGAUCCGACUGCCGGAAACGAAUAUGACAUGCUGAUUAUUGGGGGAGGAGCUACAGGUGCCGGCGUAGCGCUUGAUGCUGCAACCCGCGGCUUGAGAGUGGCGCUUGUCGAACGAGAUGAUUUCAGCAGCGGCACCAGUAGCAAGAGUACCAAACUUGUGCAUGGAGGUGUCCGCUAUCUGGAAAAGGCAGUGUGGAAUCUGGACUACAGCCAGUAUCAGCUUGUUAGGGAAGCACUCAAAGAGAGGAAAUAUUUCCUCCGGACCGCUCCGCACCUGAGUAUGUGGCUACCUAUUAUGUUGCCUCUUGAUAAGUGGUGGAAGGCGCCCUACUAUUGGGCAGGCACCAAACUUUACGAUUUCCUGGCUGGCAGCGAAGGAAUCGAAAGCUCCUACUUCCUGACUCGGAGCAAAGCUCUCGAGGCAUUCCCCAUGCUGAAGCAGACGAAUUUGGUCGGGGCACUAGUCUACUACGAUGGUGCACACAACGACUCCCGGAUGAACGUUUCAAUUGCCUUGACUGCAGCUCUUUAUGGUGCAACAGUGGCCAACCAUGCUGAGGUCACAAGCCUCAUAAAAGAUGGACGUGGACGUCUUUGCGGAGCCAAAAUAAAGGAUCUUGUCGCCGCUCGAGAAAGCGGACAGGUGGGGGAGAUUACGGUACGAGCCAAAUGCAUAGUCAAUUGUACCGGUCCUUUCACCGACUCAAUAAGAAAGAUGGACGAUCAGGAGUGCAAGGAAAUUGUUGCGCCUUCAUCUGGCGUACAUGUGAUUCUUCCCGGUUACUACAGCCCUGGGAAAAUGGGACUACUUGAUCCUUCAACAUCUGAUGGCCGUGUCAUCUUCUUUCUUCCCUGGCAAGGAAACACGAUUGCAGGUACCACGGAUUCACCAUCUCCAAUUUUGUUCACUCCGCUACCGGAUGAGGAAUCUAUCCAGUGGAUACUGAAAGAAAUCAGCCAGUAUUUGUCUCCGGAGAUUAAUGUGCGUCGAGGGGAUGUGUUGGCGGCUUGGUCUGGAAUCCGGCCGUUGGUCAAGGAUCCCAAGGCCAAGAACACCGAGUCUCUGGUACGCAACCAUCUUGUCGACAUAGCCCCCUCCGGUCUCUUGACUUGUGCUGGGGGAAAGUGGACUACUUAUCGCCAAAUGGCAGAGGACUGCGUCGAUGCUGCCAUUACAGAAUUUCAACUUAGCCCUCGUCCUGUUACCAACCCACCACGUGUCGGUGGUGCCGACGUGAUUGACCAUAGUACCACUUUGGAUGGGUCCUGUCAGACUCAUAAUGUUCGCUUAAUAGGUUCCCAUGGUUUUAGCAAAACGCUUUUCAUACCAAUUAUUCAGCAUUUCGGUGUUGAGACGGAAGUAGCCAAGCACUUGACGGAAAGCUAUGGUGACCGGGCCUGGACCGUUGCAGGACUCUGCAGGCUGACUGGCCAGAGAUUUCCGGCUCGAGGAGAGCGUAUAUCACGCUUGUAUCCAUUUGUUGACGGCGAGGUUCGUUAUGCAGUAAGGCAUGAGUUUGCUCAGACUGCAGUUGACGUUUUGGCACGUCGAACUCGGCUUGCAUUUUUGAAUGCCCAGGCGGCUCUGGAGGCGUUGCCUGGCGUAAUUGACAUCAUGACCGAGGAACUUGGUUGGGAUCAUCAACGCCAAGAUCGCGAAUGGACUGAAAGUAAGCAUGUCCCCCCCACUGUCCCUGCUUCAGAUGCCCUUGGCGGCACUGCAGUCCCCUAA